AUGUUGCAUACACACGAAAAGCGUAGAGGUAGUCUACAAUUAUCAGAACAAGAAUUGUUGUCUGCCAUACCCGAGACUACAUUACUUUCUACAAACUUGCAAGAACUUACGUUAGCCGAUGAAUCUAAGAGCACCCUGGCAGCAGGAACAUCUGCCCUUAAGGACAAAUUUGCUAUCCCGGCCUACGGUUUACCUGAAGAACUUACUUACGAAUUAAUUCAUAACGAAUUAACUUUAGAUGGUAAUCCUCAUUUGAACUUAGCAAGUUUUGUCAAUACUUUUACUACGCCAAUAGCUGACAGGUUGAUCAAGGAAAAUAUUAAUAAAAACCUGGCAGAUAAUGAUGAGUAUCCACAGUUAAUUGAGUUGACUCAACGUUGUAUUUCAAUUCUGGCACAAUUAUGGCAUUGCAGUCCUAAAGACCAUCCAAUUGGUUGUUCUACAACUGGUUCGUCCGAAGCUAUUAUGUUAGGUGGGUUAGCAAUGAAGAAAAGAUGGGAACACAAGAUGUCUUUAGCUGGUAAAGAUAUUUCAAAACCUAAUAUCAUCAUGUCUUGUGCAUGCCAGGUUGCUCUGGAGAAGUUUACUCGUUAUUUUGAAGUAGAAUGUAGAACUGUUCCCGUUAGUUUCAAGAGUCACCAUAUGUUGGACCCAAAAGACUUAAAAGAUUAUGUGGAUGAAAAUACCAUUGGUUGUUUCAUUAUUUUGGGUACCACAUAUACUGGACAUUUUGAGAAUGUCGAAGAGAGUGCCAAUGUUUUAGACGAAAUCGAAGCAAAGCAUCCUGACUGGGCAAAUAAGAACAUCCCUAUUCAUGUUGAUGGUGCUUCCGGUGGUUUUAUUGCACCUUUCUCCUUUGGAAGUAAACAUAUGAAGAAAUAUGGAAUGCAGAAAUGGGCUUUUAAUAAUUCAAGAGUAGUUAGUAUCAAUACUAGUGGUCACAAAUUUGGUUUGACGACACCUGGUUUGGGCUGGGUAUUAUGGAAGGAUGAAUCAUUUCUAUCACCAGAAUUAAGAUUUAGAUUAAAAUAUUUAGGUGGUGUGGAAGAAACCUUUGGAUUGAAUUUUUCAAGACCUGGGUUUCAAGUGGUUCAUCAAUAUUUCAAUUUCAUCUCCUUAGGAUCUGUUGGUUACAGUGAAAGAUUUAGAAGAUCACUUUAUGUGGCAAGAACAUUCUCUUAUGGUUUAUUGAACUUACCAUCUUUAGCUGGACAUUUUGAUGUUGUUAGUGGUAUUCAUGAAAGAAUAUUAGAUGAUUCUACACCAGAUGAUGUUAAGGACUAUUGGGCAAAUCAAGAUAUGUACAAACCCGGUGUCCCAUUAGUUGCGUUUAAAUUAACAGAUAAGUUCCGUAAAACUUAUUCGGAAAUUCCACAAGUCCUUAUUUCUUCAAUGCUGAGACAACGUGGUUGGAUUAUUCCUAAUUAUCCAUUACCAAAAUCCAAUGAUAAUUCUGAUGAAUACGAAAUUUUAAGGGUUGUUUUCAGAACUGAGAUGAAACUUGAUUUAGCUGAAUUGUUACUCUCUGAUAUCCAGAACGUUAUCUCGAGAUUAAUUCAUUCUUAUAACAACCUAACACAAAGGGUUGAAUCCAGAUUGUACGAAUCUACAGAAAGUAGACGCGAUUAUGUCUAUAAUAUGCUUCUAGAAUUGGCCUCACCAGUGGAUGAUUCUAAGCAACCAACGAUUAGUCAUAAGAGAGCUAAAGAGACAGAGCAAAGAGCAAAGAGAAACUAUAGAGGUACCUGUUAA